UAAGCAAAACUUCCAAGAUGAAGCUGGGCACUGUGGUAUGCACCUGUAUGCACCUGUAAUCCUAGCAUUUAAGAGGUGGACUUAGGAGGAUCAAGUAGCUCAAGCCCCAACUAUGUCCUGAGUUUCAGGCCUGUGGGGGAACAUGUUGCCCUUUCUCAAAACAGAAAAAGGUUUUAGUUUCAAGUUCUUUAUCUCCAUUAGAAACAAUAUUGCAAUAGUUGUGGGUCAGUUAGCCCAAAUUAGCCCUCUUAACUCGUUUUGGCUAAAAAUGAAUUAUAUUUGCAUCAAGAGAUGUUGAUUGCACCUCCAUUUCUAUUAAUGGAACCCUCCUCUCUCUGUUGCCCUGGAGAUCAUUUCAUAUUCCUCCCUCUCAUUUUCUACUUUACUUUGUCUCUCCUACCACACUCCUCUGAGAUUAGUCACUGCUUAGUCACCAGGCAGCAGGACUUACAAUCUCUUCCUUGAUAAUGUUUCCUUGCCUCUAGCUUCGCUUUCAGCUUCUGCUUCUCACUUGAGCCUAGGUCUGAGCGGCUCAGAGCUUCUUGAAUCAUUCUGCCUAUUUGGCUGAUAGACCUGCAAAACAUGUUAUAUGUUUCUACUGGUUUUACAUUUCCAAAACUUUUUUUUUUUUCCAGUAGUUCCAUUGGCAGAGGAACUCCAAACCCAGACUAAGGCCUCCUGAAGGAAAUUUUUAAAACUUCCAUGUUUUAAAUGGAAUACCUUAGAAAGUGACUCAAAGUAGUGUACUUACCUGAAGUCCCAGCACUCAGGAUGCUGGCAGGAGAGGAUUGUCACAAGUUUGAGGCCAGCCUGGGCUAUAUGGAUGUUUCUCCUGGUGGGAGCCCCCAAAGCAAACACAACCCAGCCUGGGAUUGUGGAAGGAGGGCAAGUUCUCAAGUGUGACUGCUCGUCCAGCCGCCGGUGCCAGCCCAUUGAGUUUGAUUCAACAGGCAAUCGAGAUUAUGCCAAAGAUGACCCAUUGGAGUUUAAGUCCCACCAGUGGUUUGGAGCCUCUGUGAGGUCAAAGCAGGAUAAAAUCUUGGCCUGUGCUCCAUUGUACCACUGGAGGACUGAGAUGAAGCAGGAAAGAGAGCCAGUUGGAACCUGCUUUCUUCAGGAUGGCACAAAGACCGUAGAGUAUGCUCCGUGCAGGUCAAAAAAUAUUGAUGCUGAUGGACAGGGAUUUUGUCAAGGAGGAUUCAGCAUUGAUUUUACUAAAGCUGACAGAGUACUUCUCGGUGGUCCUGGUAGCUUUUAUUGGCAAGGUCAGCUCAUUUCGGAUCAAGUGGCAGAAAUCAUAUCUAAAUAUGACCCAAAUGUCUAUAGCAUCAAAUAUAAUAACCAAUUAGCAACACGGACUGCACAAGCAAUUUUUGAUGACAGUUAUUUGGGUUACUCUGUGGCUGUGGGAGACUUCAAUGGUGACGGCGUUGAAGAUUUUGUUUCAGGAGUUCCAAGAGCAGCAAGGACUUUGGGAAUGGUUUAUAUUUAUGACGGGAAGAAUAUGUCCUCUUUACACAAUUUUACUGGUGAACAGAUGGCUGCAUAUUUUGGAUUUUCUGUAGCUGCUACUGACAUUAAUGGGGAUGAUUAUGCAGAUGUGUUUAUUGGAGCCCCUCUGUUCAUGGAUCGGGGUUCUGACGGGAAACUCCAGGAGGUCGGCCAGGUCUCAGUGUCUCUGCAGAAAGCGUCGGGAGACUUCCAGACUACAAAGCUGAAUGGCUUUGAGGUUUUUGCCAGGUUUGGAAGUGCCAUAGCUCCUUUGGGAGACCUGGACCAGGAUGGCUUCAAUGAUAUUGCAAUUGCUGCUCCAUAUGGUGGUGAAGAUAAAAAGGGACUUGUUUAUAUCUUUAAUGGAAGAUCCACAGGCUUGAAUUCGGUGCCAUCUCAAAUCCUCGAGGGGCAGUGGGCUGCUCAGAGCAUGCCCCCAAGCUUUGGCUACUCAAUGAAGGGAGCUACAGAUGUAGAUAGAAAUGGAUAUCCAGACUUAGUUGUAGGAGCUUUUGGUGUGGAUCGAGCUGUCUUAUACAGAGCCAGACCUGUUGUCACCGUAAAUGCUGGCCUUGAAGUGUACCCUAGCAUUUUAAAUCAAGACAAUAAGAUCUGCCCGUUGCCUGGGACAGCUCUCAAGGUUUCCUGUUUUAAUGUCAGAUUCUGCUUAAAGGCGGACGGCAAAGGAACCCUUCCGAGGAAGCUCGACUUCCAGGUGGAGCUUCUUUUGGAUAAACUCAAGCAAAAGGGAGCCAUCCGACGAGCACUGUUUCUCCAUAACAGGUCCCCAGGGCAUUCCAAGACCAUGACUGUUCUCAGGGGGGGACAGAUGCAGUGUGAGGAGCUGGUGGCCUAUCUUCGGGAUGAAUCUGAAUUUAGGGACAAGCUCACUCCCAUCACCAUUUUUAUGGAGUAUCGGUUGGACCAGAGAGCGGCUGCUGAUGCCACAGGCUUGCAGCCCAUCCUGAACCAGUUCACUCCAGCCAAUGUCAGCCGGCAGGCUCAUAUUCUACUUGACUGUGGUGAAGACAAUGUCUGUAAACCUAAACUGGCAGUUUCUGUAGAUAGUGAUCAAAAGAAGAUCUACAUUGGGGAUGACAACCCCCUGACCCUGACGGUGAAGGCGCAGAAUCAAGGGGAAGGAGCCUAUGAAGCAGAGCUCAUUGUUUCCAUCCCACCGCAGGCCGACUUCAUCGGGGUUGUCCGAAACAAUGAAGCCUUAGCAAGACUGUCCUGUGCAUUUAAGACAGAAAACCAAACCCGGCAGGUGGUGUGCGACCUUGGAAACCCAAUGAAGGCUGGAACUCAACUGCUCGCUGGCCUUCGUUUCAGUGUGCACCAGCAAUCAGAGAUGGAUACUUCUGUGAAGUUUGACUUGAAAAUUCAAAGCUCUAAUUCUUUUGACAAUGUGAGCCCAGUUGUAUCUUACAAGGUUGACCUUGCUGUUUUGGCUGCUGUGGAGAUAAGAGGAGUUUCAAGUCCAGAUCAUAUCUUUCUUCCAAUUCCAAAUUGGGAAUACAAAGAAAACCCUGAGACGGAAGAAGACGUUGGGCCUAUUGUUCAGCACAUCUAUGAGCUGAGGAACAAUGGUCCAAGUUCAUUCAGCAAGGCAAUCCUAAAUCUCCAGUGGCCUUACAAAUACAACAACAACACUUUGCUGUACAUUCUUCACUUCGACAUUGAUGGGCCAAUGAACUGCACAGCAGAUACAGAGAUCAACCCUCUGAGAAUUAAGACACCCGAAAAGAAUGACACAGCAGCUGGUCAAGGAGAAAGGAAUCAUCUCAUCACCAAGCGGGAUCUCGCCCUCAGUGAGGGAGAUGUUCACACUUUGGGUUGUGGAAUCGCGAAGUGCUUGCAGAUCACCUGCCAGGUUGGUCGCCUGGAUAGAGGGAAGAGCGCAAUCCUGUACGUGAAGUCCCUGCUGUGGACCGAGACGUUCAUGAACAAGGAGAACCAGAACCAUUCCUAUGCCCUGCAGUCAUCCGCUUCAUUUAAUAUCAUAGAGUUCCCUUACAAGAACCUUCCGAUUGAGGACCUCUUCAACGCAACGCUAGUCACCACCAACAUCACCUGGGGCAUUCAGCCGGCGCCCAUGCCUGUGCCUGUGUGGGUGAUCAUCUUGGCCGUUCUCGCAGGGCUGCUGUUACUGGCUGUGUUGGUAUUUGUAAUGUACAGGAUGGGCUUUUUCAAACGUGUCCGACCACCUCAAGAAGAGCAAGAAAGAGAACAGCUUCAGCCUCAUGAGAAUGGCGAAGGAAACUCUGAAACCUAGCUGUGCUUCUUAAGCAGUGCCACUUCCACAUCCUCCAAAUUUACCACCUUGAUGGUAGAUUUAAACAUCUCUUGUGAAGAAUAAAAUCCCAGGACUUGUAUUGCUGAGGGCACCCAGCAGCCCCAGUCUAUCCACAAAAUUGAAAUGGAUAUUUGUUGACUUCUCUUUAUAAAUAAGUUCAGGUUACAUUUACUUCACAUACACUAACGUGUGUUUUUAGGCAUUUAAGUGAUAGAAUUUCAAAUGAUUAUCUUUGUUCAGUGUACAUAAGACAGAUAGCACCUGAGUUACCAUGUCAUGUAGCAUAGUACCUCUUCAGUUACUGUUUCUAGUUUACUGUGUGGGGUUUCUCUCUUUGAUAGGAUUUUAAAGCAGUUCAGAUUUAGACCUUAGCAUCAGUAAGUUUGCACAGGUACUUAGAACAGGUACACAUUACACUACAGUUGAGUUCAUAAGCUAUGGAAGACUUUGCAAUUGCAUGGACUUAGAUUUUAAUAUCAUUUACCCAGUAGAACUUUUAAAUAACACGAUACCAUCAAAAUUCUUUCCUGGGGCUGUAGCUCACGUCGUAGCACAUGCAACUCCCUGGGUUUAAUCCUCCACACUGGGAGGAAAAACAAUAGUUUCCUGUGUUAACAGCGGUACAGUAUUUUUAUAUGAAACUUAGGUUUUUAUUUAUGUGUAGUCUGCAUUGUAUUUUAUUGUAUUUUAACUUUUGUAAUUUAAAUUCUAUAUCAAAUCCUUUAAGUCUUCGUUUCCUGCAGAAAAUUUUAUAAUUAAAAAUACCCAUUAAGUAAUAGUGUGGUCCCAGCUGCUGCUGAUUGAAGCCGAUGGAGUUGGAAGUUGUUCCUGAAGUAUGUCUAUUUCCUUUGUUUGGCUGCCUGCAACAUAGAAAAGCUCCAGAGACCCUCUGGAGGUCUCUACUCUUAUUUCUCAUCAAAAAUAUGUUCUUUAAUUGGACCGGAGCUUUUAAUUGGUAGUAAUUUAUUUUCCUCCUGUCCUCGUAUUUUGCUUCCACUUCUGAAACUGAGAAUGGCUCAAGACUGUCUUCAUAACCUACAGGAACCUGGAUCUCCCGCCUUUACCCCACGAGAAAUGCCUGGGAUCAACGUUCCAAAGGCGGCUCCUUGGCAGGUUCCUAGCAUACCUCAGGUUAAGCAAGGCCAUGUAUAAAACCUGCCUCCGCUGUCAGAGUAAAUGCUCCAAAGGUGUUUUUGUAAGCAGUUAUUGUUCCUGAAACCUUCUAAAGCUGUCUUACAUUUUUUAAUUUAAAUUACUUUUCUGGGGCUUUAAUAGAGGCAGCAGAGCAAGCACGGUACGAUCUUCAGUGCGGUGAUUUAUUCACAGUUCCUCAAGGCCUCGGGAUAACUAUCAAUUAUAGCUAUUUUUGUGCAAUUACAUCAUGUUAUGCAUUGGAAGUUGAGAAUUUUAAUAGCUUUUUAAAGUGCUGUCCUCAUUAAGCAGUAAAAAAUAUUUCUCUUAAAUAAUUGAAUAUUUUUCUACAUUUUAAAAAUAAUUGAAGUUUGUCUCACCAUAUCUUAUGUUAAUUCCAUGUGCAUAUGGAUGAGCUAAUUUGGAGAAUAUAUUUUCAUAACAUGAAGCACAUUUAAGUGAGUUAUACAAAUUAGAAUAUAGACAGGACCCUAUAUUUAGCUUUAAUAAAAUUUUAAAUUAAUGAGUUUUGUCAUGAAAGAUCAUUAUCAUAAAUGCAAUAAUUAUUUUUUUAAAACAAUAAAUUUAAAUUCUUUUAAGAAACAUUUUUGUCUUAGGGCCAAGCGUCUCUUAGCCACUUAGGACUACCACACAGAUACUAAGUUGGCCUAUACAAACUUUUACCUUCUUUGUCUUUCAACAUAAUAGCUGCCAUUCCUGAAAAAUCAAUGAAAUUCGUUCUUUGGCAAUAGACUCAAUAUUGGUUUUUACAGUUAUUCCCAUUAUGGCUUCUAUACCAAGGAGUAACUUUUUGUUAGAGAUUGAAAGAUGUUGUAAUUGGAAAUUAUCAUGAUGUGUAGUUUUCAGCAAUAGUAUGGAUUUCCUUUUAAAUAUAUUUUAAAUAUAAAUUUGUAUCUCUGUAAACUUAGGAACUGUAAUUUGAAGGUUAACUCUCUGAAAAAAAUGUUGAGAUUCUCUUUAUUCCAUAACAGCGUAGGCAUAUAGUCAACAAAAUAGCAAGAGAUUAUUUUACAUUCAUAUUUGUAAUUUACCAGUAAUUAAAAUUUAUUUCCAAGUAUAAAAUUUUCAUAAUCUAGAAAUUGAUUGAUCCAGAGGACACUUGACAUAUGUGAGGAAUGUUAACACUGAUACUGAUUUCUUUUUCUGGUUUUUCGAGACAGGGUUUCUCUGUGUAGCCCUGGCUGUCCUGGAACUCACUCUGUAGACCAGGCUGGUCUCGAACUCAGAAAUCCACCUGCCUCUGCUUCCCAAGUGCUGGGAUUAAAGGCGUGUGCCACCACUGCCUGGCUCUGAUACUGAUUUGUUAUAGAGAUAUUUAUUUUAGAGUUGAUACUUUAAAACAUCUGUGUGAGAGUUACUUUCACCCCUUAUGUUUAAUUAUCAUCAUAAUUCUGAUUAUGUUCUGGAUGACUAUGAAAGGUGAAACAGUCAAAAUAUUAUUGUCUUAAAUCUACCUGUAUUACACAAUUACUUAAUAAUUAACCCUCAUAAAUACAACAUUAUUUAUAUAACGAGGAAAAUCACUAAAGCAAACAAGAGUUUGUUGUUCCAUUAUGAGAACAGUGAGUGUUUCUGUAGUGAGUCUAACCCUAAGGAGGAAAGUUGGUGGCAAAGCAGAUAUUGGUAGAGCAGCUGGUUCUUGUAGAACAAUAGAAGGCUAAGGUGGCAUCUGCCCCCAUGUGAGAGAAUGCUGGGGAGAGCCUCAUCAGCAGAAAAGUAAGUUGUUCUAGAGUGUCUGUGUGUGGCCAUUGCCCAUCUCUUGUCACUUUGUUCUUUCUCGUGGGAACAUUUAAUUUGAUGAGUAAGGGGAAAUGGCAGAGAUGUAUUAUGGAAUCUAAAAGGGCAAAUAAAAUUGCUUGAUGACUAGUGAUUUGUAAAAGGUUUCUUUGGACUUGGUCCUUUUAUUUGAACCAUGAACCUGUGGCUAUGCCAACUGCAGUAUACACUGGCAUUCAUUACAAUUUCUGAUACGUCAUGAACUUCCUGUGAGGUACUGAAUCUUUGAAUUCUGUUGUCAUUGUUCUCAAGUGCAAUAUAACAAUGUAAUGAAACUUAAAUAUAAGUCACUAUUAAUUUAGUAAGCUUAAUCUGAAAUUUGCUAGUAAUUUUUGUUAGCAGAAAAGAACAAUUUUGCUGUAGUUGUAGCUUUUUUUUGUUUUGUUUUUGUUGUUGUUUUGUUUACCUCUAAACCAUCCAAUCUGCAUUUUAUUUUAGGUGUAAGAUGAACAAUUCCUUACCAGUUUUAAAACACUUCCAGUAUAUUAUAGUAACUUGGAAGCUGUGUGUGUCAAAUUCCUUUGCUCUCUAAGUAACAUGGAAGAUAAUUUUCUUUGGCUUCUCUCGUGAUCACCCACAUUGGGUGAGACAUAAAAUGAGUCUCUCCUGAAAUCUGUCAUUUGCUAACUUGUUUCCAGUUAGUAAAAACAGGUACCAUGUUCUACUUUGUUUCCAAUGUGUAACUUGUGACUGUAUAAUAAACUUGAACGUAUGGUGCCAGC